AUCCUACAUGUGUGGUGUAAAAGUCACAUAAUGACUAUCCCUUUCUCAGUACUCAAACAACCGCAACUUUCAAAAUGAUGGUUGAUUGCGGAGGUUAAGGAUUGCAGAGUUCGACUUGAAAAAAGAGUCAGUGUUUACAUGCAAUGAGCAAGCAUCCAAAAAGGAUUAUCUUAGUGAAUGGAGAAGAACGUGUUGGUUCGUUAUUGUUAGCAGAACCAUGCAGUUCUUUUGGCCCAAGAACUUUUCAAAAAUCGUCUUGGACAAAGCCACAAAAAAAGGACAAGGAGACAAUCUCCACUGCAAGAAAUUCAAAGAAGCGUAGUGCAUGGAUUGCAAGUUCAUUCAGUGACUUUGAUGAAGGAAAUACUAAGAAAACAAAACAAGCUAACAUCAACCAUUCACUUGUAACAAGUGAAAGCAGCCAAGCUGCCCAUCACAAAUUUAGGAAAGAUGAAGAUCUAUGGCUUGAAAAAUAUAAACCAAAAUCAGAGCUUGAACUGGCUGUUCACAAGAAAAAGGUGGCUGAAGUACGUAACUGGUUUUUGGAUCAAUUAUGUACACAGGUGGGACAUGGUUCUAUAUUACUCCUGACUGGUCCAACUGGAGCAGGCAAAACAGCAACAGUCAAUGUACUUGCUAGUGAGUUGGGAUUUGAGGUUCAAGAAUGGCUCAAUCCUGUUAGUGAUACAGAAGAUGAAGGGUAUUUUAACUGGAAAAGCCAUAGUCAAUCCCAGGUGAAAAUUUUUCAAGACUUCAUAGUUCGUGCUAGCAAGUACCCCACCUUGUCAAUAUUCAGUGGGAAGGGAGAUAAUUCUGUCAAGAAAAUUGUCCUGGUAGAGGACCUUCCAAAUAUAUUUUUUAGAGAGGCUUCAAAGCUUCAAGAGGUUUUGAGCACAUAUAAACAGAGAGGGCAAGUUCCUAUAGUAUUUGUCAUCUCUGACAGCCACCAUGGUGAUUCAAAUGUUCACAAAUUACUUCCCAAAGAUGUUCAGGAAAAACUGAAGAUUCAUAACAUCAGCUUCAACCCAAUUGCACAGACCAGCUUGGUGAAAGCCUUGAACAGAAUAAUAUCAACUGAAGCUCAACUGCAGAAUAAAACAACAUUUGAGAUUCCAGUUAAAGAUACUGUUCAGCUCUUGGCUCAGAACAGUGGAGGAGACAUUCGCACAGCCAUCAAUGGUCUCCAGUUCUCCUCUUCAAAAGAUAAAUCACGCACCACCCAAAAGGGGUCUAAUGUGUCAAAGAAAGAUGACAGAAAACCAAACAAGUCAAAAUUAAAGAAAACAAGUAGUUCACUGCCAAACAAGAUGAACACUUCAGAAUCAGUUCAGCUAUCCUCUAAAUGUCUUCUCUAUGGAAAAGAGACAAGAAAUAACCUUGAAUCAGAAGCAGUCACUGCUAUUGGUGGAAGAGACUCAGGUUUAUUCCUCUUCAGAGCUCUAGGGAAAAUACUGUAUUGUAAAAGAGAUCCAACACUUUCUGACUCAGACUUGCUUCCAUCUCACCUGUCACAUCAUGCCAGAAACCAGCUGUUGUUCUGUCCAGAGGAAGUGUUGGAGAAAACACAUCUCUCAAGUGAAUUUUUUAAUCUCUACCUUCAUCAGAAUUAUUUGGAAUUCUCUGCUGAUAUUGAUGAUGUGGUGAAUAUUAGUGAACAUUUCAGUGAAGCAGACUACAUGACUAAAGAAUGGAUGUUUCAGUCCUCCAUGAAGGAGUACAGCUCAUGUCUGGCAGCAAGAGGGUUGAUAUUUAACAGCAGAUCAGCAGGGAAAUCAUCAAGUUCUAGUGGGUCAGGGAGAGGAUGGAGACCACUUCAUAAACCACAGUUGUUUGAGGUCAAUAAGAAGAUGCGGGAUGGUGUUAACACUGCACAAGAUCUCUUCAGAGAUUACCACUGUCCAUCAUUAGUUCUGCAAACAGAGGUCCUUCCAUACUUGGCCAUCACUGAUGUUCCCCUGCGGACACCUGGACAAAUUGCCUUCUUGCAAGCUAUCAGCAAUUUCAGAAAAUCUAAGCAUCCAUUCAGGGGUGGCACAGAUAUGCUUGAUGAAAAAGACUGUGGUAUGAAUAGUGAUAAUGAUGACGAAGUCCAUGUUAGUUCCCAACCAAAUGGGAAUGGCACCCAGGGAGCUAAUAAG